AUGGCAAAUCCUGUGCGCCUCCUGAUCUUGUUGAGUGACGACAGUACAGAGAGGAUGGAUCUACCAUUGGUUCCAAACAGCGUUGAAGAGCUUAUUGAACAGAUCAAAGAAGCGUGGCAACUUACUGGAGACAUCAGGCUGCAAUACAAAGAUGUGGACUUCGGAACAUUUGUUAACUUGAGAUCAACCUCCUCAAUCAAGGAUCUUACCACCAUCAAGAGGUGA